UACUUACUAUAUAUAAUUCAUGUAAGUUAAUCUUUCAAGUUAAUAUUUUAGUAUUCUUUUAAAUCCUUAAGUUAAGCCGUUAGUUGAUAGUUGACCCUUAAAAUAUGAGGAUAACAACUUCUCACCAUGUGAUAUAUUCUUGCUAAAUUCAACAUUGGACAGCCUUUUUUUUAGUAUUAAAUAAUUAAUGUGAUCAUGUCUUUACAUAUAUUUUUAGGACUUGUUUGGACGGAUGUACCCACAAGUUAACAGAAUACAAAUUUGAUUGUUUGAAAAUUUUGUGUUGAUCACUUGAAUUGCAUAAUAUUGUGGUACAUAACUAACAUAAGUGAUUUUUAUACUAUGACGUAUGCUAAUUAAAUAAAAUUCCAAUCACCCUUAUAAAAGAAUCGCCUCACUUGUCUUUGUGUAUACAACAUAUAUAUCCUUUUUCUUUGUGGGGAUGACUUACUAGGCCGUUUAUAAUAGUAUUUAUUAAUCCUAUGUUUUGAAUAUCACCUCUUAACAUAUAAACUAAUCACGUUAUUCCGUCAACAUUUACCCACACAAAAUCACGCGAUAGGAAGUUGAGCAUUUUCGGGAGUAAGGAGAAUAAGUGUAAAUAAUUUAGAAGGUAGAAAUAAUAAGUUUGAAGUUUUCAUGUCAAAUGUAUGAGAUUAUUAAACCCUUACACUUGUCUUUAUAGUUAAAACUGAAAUUAGAGUGCAGUAAAUAUUUAAAUAAUCUGGUGGUUUAUGUAAUUUUAAUAAUUAAAGGAACCUUUCAAAAAAUAAAAUAAUAAUAAUACGGAGUAAUAAAAUGACAAAAGGAAACAGGUGCCACAAGUUUUUCGCCCACCAAAAUAAGAGGCUAGAUAAACUCGAUCUGUCAACUCUUAAGUGUUGAAUAGUGGUAAAAAAAAUAAAAAAAGAAAAAAGAAAAAGAAAUAAAGAUAAAUGUUAUUAACAAAUAUCAAGCAAUAUUUUACGCAAAGAUCAUGUCAUUAACAAAGAUUAAGCAAUAAAAACAACCUUUUUCUGUGUAAUUAUAAUGCAAAAUUGCUAAGUGAUACGAAGUAAUACAUUUGAGAAAUUUGCCAAUAUAAAAUAUGUAAAUUAUAUUAAAAUUGGACUAAAUUAUUUUAGCUGUAUUUCCGUAAUGUCAUUUAUGUAGGUGCAACCAUCACGAUAAGUAGUAAUCUGUAGUCCGUAGGUACUAGGUAGUAACACUUAUGAAUAGUUAGUUCAAAAGUGCAUAGUUCUAUAUGUAAGGCUGGUAUAUUGGCCAUAUUAAAUAAAUAUUGUACAUGUACUUAAUAUUUAUUUUUGAGGACAAACGGCACGGGGCAAACAUAUACUUAACAUUGUCAUUAGUUACCUCGAUAUAAUUUAAACAUAAUCCUGUUUUUUGCUUUUUUCAUAUUAAGGUAUUUUUAUCUUCUAUAAAAAAAACCUGACAUUGUAAGAGACACUCCUAUUAAAAGUCUAAGUUAAAAAUUAUAAAACAGAAAAUUAUGUACAAUAUACUUAUGAUACGUCAAAAAGUCAAAUACAGAAAUACUUGUUACACUCUCUUAUCCUUAAAUCCUUAAUAAAAUCCAUAUACAUGCAUCAUAAAAUAAAAAUAAAUAAAAUAAAUAAAAAUUCAUGAUUCCAGAUUCAAUUCACUCGUUUUAUUGCUAUAUAAAGCAGUAAAUUUCCACAACUCAUUGACAGUAGGAGAGAGAUUAAAACUUUACCAAAAGAGGAGAUUUGGUGAUUACAAUUUUACAACUAAUUUUUAUAUAAAGUGUGUAACGCAUUACUUUUAUUUUGCGCACAAUUUCAGAAGGAGAUUCAAUUCCCAAAUUUUUAAUCUCCUUCUGUUAAUUUCCUAGCCAAUUAAAUGGAUACUCGACCUCCUUCAAAAUUCACAGAUAUUGAAACAAAGUUAGCAAAACAAAAGGAAAUUGAUGAUUGGCUUCCCAUUACAUCGGCAAGGAAUGCAAAAUGGUGGUACUCUGCCUUCCACAAUGUCACGGCUAUGGUUGGUGCCGGAGUCCUUAGUCUUCCAUAUGCCAUGGCUAAUCUAGGAUGGGGACCAGGAGUGGUAAUUCUAGUACUGUCAUGGAUCAUAACAUUGUACACCCUGUGGCAAAUGGUGGAGAUGCAUGAGAUGGUGCCGGGAAAGCGAUUUGACCGGUACCACGAGCUAGGACAAUACGCCUUUGGGGAGAAGCUAGGCCUAUGGAUUGUGGUGCCUCAACAGCUUAUUGUUGAAGUUGGUGUCAACAUUGUUUACAUGGUUACCGGAGGUAAAUCCCUUCAAAAGGUCCAUGAUAUCAUAUGUGCUACCAAGACUAAUUGCGCACCUAUGAAAACAACCUACUUUAUCAUGAUCUUCUCCUCUGUCCACUUUGUCCUGUCUCACCUUCCUAACUUCAACUCCAUCGCCGUUGUUUCAUUGGCUGCUGCUGUUAUGUCCCUUAGCUAUUCUACAAUUGCAUGGACAGCAUCACUAGGGAAAGGUGUACAACCAGACGUUUCUUACGGGGCUAAGCACCAUAGUGACGUGGGGAAGAUGUUUGGCUUCUUCAACGCGCUAGGAGAUGUGGCUUUUGCAUAUGCAGGACACAAUGUUGUACUCGAAAUUCAAGCAACCAUCCCUUCCACCCCAGAAAAGCCUUCCAAGGCACCCAUGUGGAAGGGUGUUAUCGUUGCUUAUAUCGUUGUUGCCAUAUGUUAUUUCCCUGUUGCCCUAAUCGGCUAUUGGGUUUUUGGCAACAAGGUUGAAGAUAACAUCCUUAUUUCCCUAGAGAAACCUGGUUGGCUUAUUGCUAUGGCCAACAUGUUUGUGGUCGUCCAUGUUAUUGGAAGCUAUCAGAUAUAUGCCAUGCCGGUGUUUGACAUGAUUGAGACUGUGCUAGUGAAGAAGCUGCACUUCAAGCCUACUUGGUACCUUAGAUUUAUUAGUCGCAACUGUUAUGUGGCACUUACAAUGUUUAUAGCCAUUACAUUCCCCUUCUUUGGAGGACUUCUUGGAUUCUUCGGAGGAUUUGCCUUUGCUCCAACUACAUACUUUCUUCCUUGCAUCAUGUGGCUUGCUAUUCACAAACCCAGGAAGUUUGGCCUAUCAUGGUGGUGUAAUUGGGCGUGCAUUGUUCUUGGAGUCAUGCUGAUGGUGUUAGCACCUAUUGGAGGGCUUAGACAGAUCAUAAUAGCCGCGAAAACCUACAAGUUCUACUCAUAAGAAGCAUUUUCAUAUUUGUGGUUUGAAGAUUAGCAUUGUAGUUUUUCUUUUGAUAAAGACGAAAUGAUGAAUCCAGCUACAUUGCUUCUUUAGUAUCAGUUGGAUUAUACAUUUUUAACUAGGGUACAGUCAGUUUGACACAUUUUCCGAACCUGCUAGCUCUCUCUUUGUUUAUAUUUUUUCAAAAAUUUGAGUGCAUAUAGAAUGAGUUUCUGCUGAGUUUCCAAGUA